AUGAACACGGUCAACGGUAGAAAAAGAGCCGACUCUAAAUUAAGCCCGUCUAUCAAUGGCUCCAUUACCUCAUCCAGCUACACGGCACACUCUCUAGAUCAGCACCAAAACUCAGUUUACAAGAACCUCGACCAUCCGCAAUUCCAAAUCAGAGAAGUGCAAUUGCAGUUUGAACUAAAACAUGACUUGCGGAAAGUUCUUGUAGCAAACAGUUUUAUGUUCUUGAUAGCUGGCUCUAUCCUUUACAAGAUUGAUCUCAAUAACCCUUCUCAACUUAUCAAAUAUCAGAUCCCUCAACUGACAACACAAACCAAGACAUUGACUAUAAAUGCUUGGAUUGAUGCAGAUGCCAAGCAGCUACUACUACGAGUUGAUAACCAAUACUAUUAUCUCCACGAAGACUAUUCCUCUUUCAAACCCUUGUCCAAGAUGAAAAAUGUUGAUGUCACACAUGCAGCAUUUACAUCAACGCGAUCAAUAAUUAUGGCAUCACCCACUGGCCAGAUCUUUUUAGGUGUCUUUAAGCCACACUUGGACACCAAAAAAAAUGACUUGCAGCAUUUCAAACAAGUUUACAACUUGAGCUCACAAGUGCAAGGCAUUGCAAUUACUGAUAACGAGUCCCAAAUUAAUAUAUUCAGUGACUUUACACUCCAUACAUGGCCAUGCUUUGACACUACAUAUAACGAAUUGCUUGGAGUAUUCAAAUCCUCGAAACCGGUAACAAAACACAUUGCUCAUACUGAGGAAAAUGUUUUGUUUGCACAGAACUUGGAGAGAUAUGUAUUUUUGACCAAAGACGAGUUGAUGACAAACGAUGAUGAGAUCCAGUUCACCAGGAUUGAUCAGGAUCUACAAAGCUUACUCAUAUCGAAACACCAUCUUAUUGGAUACAACGACAAGGGUGUUUGCAUCAUCAAUAAACUAAGUCAAAAGACACUGACUUUGCCAUUUGACGGUAGUAUUAAGGGUAUGGCGAGCGAUCGAGACACUUUUUGGAUAUACACGGAUAAUUCCAUCCACGAGAUACUCAUUCAUAACGAGGGAAACUUGGUUUGGUACGAUUAUUAUAAACUUGGCAAGUACGAUGAAGCCUUGGCAGGCCUCGAGAAUAAUGAGGAAAAUUUUUACAAGAGAGACUUGGUCUUGAUCAAACAGGGCUACGAUUAUUUACAGAAAGGCGGUUUUGGGGUAGAAACAAAUGACGAAGAACUCUUGAAGUUACAAACUCGAGGUGUUGCAAUUCUUGCUAAGCUGACAGAACCGUUUGAAAAAGUUUGUCUCAUGCUAAACAACCCUACUUCAAAAAGGAUCUUACUAGAAUACUUACUAGCACAGUUUGCAUUGGAAAAAAGAGAUAAAGUGAGAGCAAUAGUGUUGUCAACAUGGAUUAUUGAGCUUAUGGUGCGGUUGAACGAUAGCAGGUUUCAUGAGUUUGUGAAGCAAAACUUUAAGACGUUUGACAAGUCAAUCUACGAUGUAUUGGAUGGAGAGCGUGCAUUGUUUUAUGCUGACUUGAUUGAAGAUUACAAUUUCAUUUUGCAAUACUAUAUCAAUCACAAAAAUUGGCCUCUUGCAGUGCGUACACUUCCUAAACUAUACUUGAAAGAUGUUGAUGCUAUAUACAACACGGCAUUGGUGCUAUUGCUCGACUAUCCAAAAGUGACAGAGACUUGGCUUCGUUUUGACUUGGAUUAUGAACGUUUAUUGCCAGCAAUGCUCGCAUAUUGCACCAAGCAUGAUCAUAAACAGUUGCCAUUCAACCAAAACAAAAUCAUCAAGUUUCUUUCAAAAGUGCACGAGCAAGGGUAUAAAAGCAUCAAGAUCAACAAUUACUACUUGUCGAUGCUAAUCCUGUCACUGGAAGAUACUGUUACUGAAAUCACGAAAUUCAUCAAGAAUGAAAAACUUUACGAUCAAAAUUUCAUCUUGAGACUCUGCAUCCUUUACAAGAGGAUCGAGCCCACAAUCUUGAUAUAUAUUGAUAUGGGAUUAUAUGAACAGGCAUUGGACUAUGCAUUGCAGAACAAUGCUAUAGAUGGUGCCGAAACCGUACUAAACAAAUACGAAGAUGUUGUUAAAGAAGAGCAAGAAGAACAACAACAACAGCAGCAGCAGCAGCAGCAACAACAAAAUCAGAAAGGAGUGAUUGGAGGGAUGCAGGACGUUUCUCGCUACAAUAAAUUGGAAAAUGAAAGUUAUAAUAUCAGAAGACACUUGUGGUUAAAAUUUUCAAAACACUUGAUAGAUGGUAUUUGUCAACAGAAGCGAGAAGUCAAGAUACAAGAGAUUGAUAAAUCAUCAAAUAAAAUCAGUGCAACCUUGGAUUAUUUGUUGGGGAAAUCUCCCUUAAGCUUGAAGGAUUUGCUACCAUUAUUCCCAGAGACUAUUCUGAUUAACAAUUUCAAGGAUGAGAUUGUGAGCUCUUUAAAUGAAUACAAACAAAGCUUGCAGGGUAUAAACUUGAAGAUCCAAGAAAGCAGCACCUUGUUAUCGACACUUAAACUUGAAGCGCAAAAGGAAGAAGAAACGCAAGCGGACUCAUACGUUGUUGUUGAGCCUGGCGCUGCAUGCAAGCUCUGCUCUAAACUAUUAAUCACCAAGAAUUUUGUUGUUUUCAAGAAUUGCAAGCACGAUUUCCACAAGGAAUGUUUGAUUCGUUACUACUCUAAAUCCAAGGGCAACUACAAGUUUAAGAAAGUUUAUCAAAACUUUAUUCGAAAUGGAGAAAAGAAUCAGGAGCUGUUGAAGCAGGAGAUUGAGGAUAUGUUAUGCAAAGAGUGUAUCUUGUGUAGCGAUGCAAACAUCAAUACAAUUGAUGUGGGCUUCUUGGAGGAGAACGAUAGGGACAUAGAAGGUAUGAAAUUAUGGGAGCUAUAG